AUGUUGGAAUUUGUUUUUGGAGAAACAAUUAUGCAGCUUGAUUUUGUGGAAGGAUGGAAUGACUGCACUACAUUUGAGUGCACAGAUGGCAGAGUGGAGAUUGCUAGAUUGUUGGUAGAAAGUAAAGCAGAUCUGAAUAUCAAGGAUACUUGGUAUGGACAGACUGCACUACAUUGGAGUGCAUGGCAUCACAGAGUGGAGAUUGCUAGAUUGUUGGUAGAAAGUAAAGCACAUCUGGAUAUCCAGGAUACUAGGCAUGGUAAUACAGCACUGCACAUGGCAUUCAGUGAAGAGAAUAUAUCUGUAGCAAAAGUUCUGAUAAAUGGAGGUUCUAAUUUAUACGCUGUGAACUCAGAUGCUGAUACACCAUUGGAAUUGUUUUUUAAAACCUUAAGAAUUCAAUGUGUAAAGGAUGCUGAUCUAACAGUGUUUUCUGAAACCUUAAGCAGGCAAAGUGAAGAGCUUGGCAUCCAUUUGGUUCAGCUCAAGUGA